GCCCAUUCUGUUUUUGCAGCUCGUAGUCGUCGGACGUAAGCCUUCGCCCAUGGCGUCUCCAAGCAAUGCGAAGCAGAAAAGAGUAGUCGAAGAGGAGGAGGAGGAGGAGGAGGAGGAGAACGAAGAGGAAGAAGAACUUACUGAAGAGCUUGAGGGUUUCGAUGAUUUUACGCUCGCAUCUUCGUGGGAAAGGUUUAUAUCUGAAAUAGAAGCCAUUUGCCGUGCAUGGAUGCUUGAUGGCCAUAAGAAUUUGGUGGAUAAAGGUGCAGAACAAUUAGGUUCAUGGGGAAAUUUGUUCAAGGUCAAAUCUGAGAUAAAGUAUAGUACAAAAUUUUACCGCAUUGAGCAUUACUUUGGUGUCUCUAAUAAUGGCAAAGCUGCAGAUUGGGAUGAUAAUUUGCAUGAUUUGCAGUUGUCUUUUGGUGUGUCUGAUUUUCUGGUUGUUGCGCCUGUAAGUGCUAGUGGGGUAGUUCUUGAUGUACCUGAAUCUACAAAAUUAUUAAGUUCUGUUGCCGUUGCGUUGACAAAUUGUGGCAGCAAUUGGCCUGCAUUUGUUCCGGUGCAUGAUCCUUCUCGAAAAGCAUAUGUGGGAAUCCAAAAUCUAGGCCUUAUAUUCACCAGAAGGUUUGAUUCUGAUAGGAUUGGCAGUCAGGUCCCAAUAAGGCUCAUGCAUUUGGAGGGCCUUUAUGAGUUAUUUGUCUCAAAAUUUGCCUUAUAUCCUGUGGAUUUUUCGGCAAGAUUCUUCAAUGUUCAGUUUGCAAUGAAGCUCACAUAUAGAACUCCUCCAUUUGAGUCUGAUGAUGAAUUUGAUAGUAUUGAUCCUGAAGAUAAAGAAUCAGCUGGAGAUACUGAUAUUCUGAAACACAUUAAAACCCAAUGGGAUGAUGACUGUCCUUGGACAGAAUGGUAUUCCGCAGAGGAUCCAGUAACAGCUUUUGAGCUGGUCGCAAUUUGGUCAAGUAGGACAUUUGAGACUUCUCCUGAGAUGGCAGAACUAGAAAAUGCAUCCUCAUUUGAUGCAGAAAAGUGGCUUCUAUAUCCUGUCAUUUCCCCGAACAUGAUACAUGAUUCUCCAGGAAAGUUUGUUGGAUUUGCAUCGCAAUUACAUCUUCUAGUAAGUGCAUUAGAGAAAUCAUACGAGGCGCAAUUUUUGGAAGACUUUGUUUCAGUCGAAAAUCCCGCAUCUGGUAGUUCAAAGUCUUCAACUAUACCUCCCCCAACAGUUGUUGAUCGUGUUUUGAAAGAAAUUUUUCAUGAUGAUGGAAGCUUGCCUUCGGAAUGUGAAAAUAAACACUGCCGUGCAAUCAAAGGCGCACCUCUAGAGUCCUUGUUUACUCAGUUUUGCCUACAUUCACUUUGGUUCGGUGGUUGUAAUAUACGUGCUGUAGCAUCCCUCUGGAUUGAAUUUGUUCGUGAAGUUUGCUGGUGCUGGGAUGAGGCACAACCUUUGCCAAAUAUGCCCAAGGGUUCCACCAUUGACUUGUCUACUUGUCUUAUACAUCAGAAAUUGCAAAUGCUUGCAAUAUGCAUUGAGAAGAAGAACCCCAGCCAUGACUUCGAGAGCACUGAAAAUGUGAACCAUACUAAUGAUGAAAAGGUAAAUGUUGCAUCUUAUCCAUCUGAAUCUGUGAAAGAAGAAAAUGAUAGUAAUUUGAGAAUUUUUCUGCAUCAAGAUUCAGAAUUAUCUUCCUCAAGUUCUUCUGAAAAGCUUACUAGCACAGAAGAAUAUCCUAAUAAACAAACAACAAAUCAACUACACAAAGGAUCAGCUGGUAUUGUUGGUUCAAUGAUGCUGUUGCGCUCUUGCCAAAAGAUGCAUGCUCCAUACACACAGGAUGCACCAAUUAUGACAGAAGAUAUGCAUGAAGAAAGGCUCCAUGCUGUUGAAGCUUUAGGUGAUGCUUUUAGGUUCUCUGCUCAAUUGGAAAGAGAUAUCCUCUCAUCUGAUAUGUCAGCAUUCAAGGCUGCAAACCCAGAUGCAGUGUUUGAAGAUUUUAUCCGGUGGCAUUCACCUGGUGAUUGGGAGGUUAAUGAAAUGGAAGCACGUACAGGUGAACUAAAUCACUGGCCUCCACAAGGGAAGCUUUCACAACGUAUGUCUGAACAUGGGAAUUUAUGGCGGCAGAUUUGGAAUGCUUCCCUACCUUUACCUGUUUCUGAGCAGAAGCCACUUCUUGAUCCAAUUCGAGAAGGAGAAAAGAUACUCCAUUACCUCGAAACUUUGAAACCACAUCAGCUGCUUGAGCAAAUGGUUUGCACAGCCUUUAGAGCAUCAACUGACAUUCUGAACCAGACUUUAUAUGGUGAUUUCAAACAUAUGAAAACAGAAGUUGAUCAAAUUUAUCUUACAAUAGCAUCAAUUUUGAAAUAUUUUCAAGCAAAUCAUCUUCUUGAGAAGGAUGAAUUGAUUGGCAACUUGAGACAGCUUUGUCUUGUAUUUGAGCACAUGGAGAAGCUGCUAAUCCUUGCAGCUUCAGUCCAUUGUAAGUUGCUAGACGCUCCCCAACUUUCGGAAGCAGUGUUCAAUGACUAUUUUGCAUUUUACCAACCUAAAAUGGGUAAAAGUUUAGAGAGCAUAUGCUAUGAUCAGGAGUUCAAAACCAAGCAGCUGAUAAUGAUGGAUGAAAGAGAUGCUGUAGCAAGUUUGUUUCCUCCCGCCACUGCCACUCAAUCAUGGAGAAAAGUAUUGAGCAUGGGGAAUCUUCUAAAUGGGCACGAACCUAUCUUAAGAGAAAUAAUUUUCUCCAUUAAUGAUCACAUACAAGACAGUCAGUAUGCUAGUGGUGUUCCUACAUCCAACAUGGAAGAAAUCCAGACGCAUCGCAUGUACAUAGUUUGCAGGCCCUCAGGUCUCCAUGGACCAAUAAUUGCCAGAGUGGAUGAGCCUGGAGCAUCUGAUAGUAGUAUGAUCUAGUCUCUACUGCAUUUUUCACUAAAGUUUUCUGGUCAUUUUGUUCGACAUUUGGAGAUUUUAAAAGAAUUACAAGAAAGUGAUUAUAUCAAAGGCUCAAAUCGAAGAAGUAUCAUUUGGUGAUGGUUGAUUAGCUGACAAAAAACCGUGAACUUUUGACAAAUUCGUAUCCAUUUUCAUCAAUUCCUUUGAUACACAAGGCAUUCGACACGCAGCUUCAUAUCACAACCCUGUGAAUCAUAAGUUACCAGAGGAAGCAAAAACACACUGGCUAUAUUUCGCUGGCUUUGUUGUCGGUGUCGGUGUGGUGAAAGUUGUAGGCCACAUUUCAUGUGCAACACCCUUGUAAUAUUAUCCAGAUGUACAGUGGAAUAAGCUUUUAGUGUCUGGUGCUGUUGGAUCCCUGAAAGGAACCUCUGAGAGCUCUUCUUGUUCAUCAUCAUUCUCUAAUUAUUAUUUAUGGAUCGGCAUGAUUUACAAAUUUGACUAAGUUGCUGUUUAGUUGGGUCCAUUUUUUCAAUCGAAGUUUCAAAUCAUUUAUGCAA